GGGCUUUCGGGCCGACCAGACCCCUGCGAGCGGAGUGACAUUGCAUGUAUCGGAUCAAGCCGUCGUUCUCCGUGGUCGACCAUCGUUGUUUCCUUUUCGACCUCCUUAGCUUUUCCAUUUGAGCAUAUCUAUUAGGCGGACGGAGGUGAAAGAAAUGGCGGAGGUCAACAGCACUGGCAAUGAAGUUCCUUCGAACAUGACCAUCUACAUUAACAAUCUGAACGAGAAAAUCAAGCUGGAAGAAUUAAAGAAGUCGCUGAACGCGGUGUUCUCGCAGUUCGGGAAAAUUCUGGAAGUGUUGGCUUUCAAGACCUUGAAGCACAAGGGGCAGGCUUGGGUUGUGUUCGAAGAAGUCUCUUCCGCCACUAAUUCGAUUAGACAAAUGCAGGGCUUUCCUUUCUAUGAUAAGCCUAUGAGGAUCCAAUAUGCAAAGACAAAAUCAGAUAUAAUUGCAAAGUCUGAUGGUACAUUUGUUCCCCGGGAGAAACGAAAGAGGCACGGGGAAAAGGGGAGGAAGAAGAAAGAGCAGCAUGAUACUAAUCAAGCUGGGAUGGGUCUGAAUCCUGCUUUUUCUGGAGCAUAUGGCGCAACAGGGCAUUCUCAAGUCCCUUAUCCAGGUGGAGUUAUGGUACCAGAAGCACCUGCCCCGCCCAAUAGCAUUUUGUUUAUACAAAAUCUUCCCCAGGAGACAACUCCAACGAUGCUACAAAUGCUUUUCUGUCAGUAUCCUGGUUUUAAGGAGGUUCGUAUGGUUGAAGCAAAGCCAGGUAUUGCAUUUGUAGAGUAUGGUGAUGAGGUACAAUCGACAGUAGCCAUGCAAGCACUCCAAGGUUUUAAGAUGAAUCCACAAAAUUCAAUGUUGAUAACCUACGCGAAGAAAUAGGAUAUGAAUCUCGUUCUUCACUGUAUGGAAAGGCGCUAUUAUUCGAUGCUCAGUACAGGAGAUUAUUUGUAAGAUAUGGUCAUCUUGUUCUGGCUGGAAAUUCUAGUCGGCCGUGACUUGUAUGAUAUAAUCAGAUCAGUUCUCUUAACCAGGAAUAGAAGAGAUCUCAGAUCACAGCGGGAUCACAGUGGUUGCCAUGAUUAGCCGUGAACUCAUUCAUCAUCACAUUUUAGUUCUCAUUUUCAUAGUAGUAUUUCCUUCUAGUUGUGCUAUAAAAUAGACCGAAAGUCGUUAUAAUUAAGAGAUUGAAGUGCUGAUGAUGUUGAGAUCUAAUUUGGUACAGACUUUAUUUUACUGAACAGCAAGCUCUACCGGUACCAGAUUACAACAAUUCCACCGUGCAAGCACAAUGAGCUGCUGCUGAAGUGUUGAGGGAGAAAUCCAGUAAGUACAGCUUAAUUCUUGAACUGAAUUUUGUCUAGUAUGUAGAUUACUCGAGCCUUAGGUGUAGCAGAAUUUUACUUUUACGACGUAGCGAGUUCGAGUAUGGUUGAUAUUGUAGAUUUUGUAUUUGUUAUAUUGGAGAAUGAGAGUUGGCUGGAAGAAAAAAAAGUUUGUAUGAACAAAACAUUUAUUUAAGCAUAUGAAUCAAAAUAACUGUGAAAAAUGAUUAGA